UCCAUCCAGUAUAAGGUUACUGACCCCACAGAAAGAAGAGAUCAAAAACCUUCCAAAAGUGUUCAGCGACCGUCACAAUCAACCGAAGCCCCCAGCGCCAGCUCUUAAUGAAACGGGGAGAAACAUCUGGAGGUUAGGGUUCGAUCAGAUGAAGUUAGUGAAAGUUUCCCCGGUGUUGGGGUCGGUAUGUGUGCUCGUCCUGUGAGCGCUCAGGGAAGCAGACGAGAGGGGCACGAGUGACGUCAUCUUACGUCCCUAAACGAACAAACGGUGCACGAGAGCCCUCACAGAGCCUGCACACCUGCUGCAGAUGAACACACUGUUCCACAAGUGCUAAUACUUAUACAAGUACCCAGGCUUGUGAUGAAUUAAGAGAAACUGAUGUUAGGACAUUCAUUUUGUAAUGUUUUAAAGGACCAAGUAACUUUGAUGCUUAAUGUUGUCAAAACUGACCCUGCAGAAACACCCAAACUCAGGCACCAUCAGCCACACCUUUGUUUGUUAGCCAAAGUCAAAGUCAUCAUCACUCUAGUUCCUUGUGUCUGAGGCAUUAAAAGGGAAGUUGGACAGACUGACCUAUGAGACUGCUCCUUAAGAGGAAAAGGUUGCACAUGACUGAUACAGCCGAGAAGUAGAAUAGUAGACAGGGAUCACUGCGUCGCAGAGAGGACCUUAAAGGAGAAGACAGGUGGACAAAGGAGGAAAGGAAGGUCGGGGAUCACAACAUAUCAAGCUACAGCCACAGCAGGAGGAGAAGAUGGGAGAAGCUGCACAGUGCUGCUGGCUGCUGCUCACACUCUGUCUGAAAGGUGGUCUUGCUGGUGAUUGGUCAGUUCAUCUCCCCUCCGGUCCUAUCUGCACUGUAAUUGGUUCCACAGUGGUUCUCCCUUGUUCCUAUGACUACCCCCAAAGUUCCAAUGAAACCAAGCUCUCUGCUCAGGGUGGAGAAGUUCUGUCUGAGAUGUGGUGUCGUGAGGACAGCCGUUGCAUCACACCAAGAUAUGUCUUCCACAGCGAUGGCAUCUUCCUAGAUCCGUCCUACCAGAACAGGGUGGAGUACCUGGGACGGCUGGGAACAAAGAACUGUUCUCUAAGGAUUUCUGAUCUGAGGCUGUCAGACAGUGGGGCGCACGUGUUUUACGUCAUCACAAGUCACCCGACGCAGAAGAUGCCGGAGCAGAGAGGUGUGCAGCUGCUUGUUGCAGACUCUUACGGCGCAGUCUCAGUGUCAGCAAGUCCACCCAGUGACAUCAAAGUGGGCGGAGCCUUACGUUUGACCUGCUGCAGCCCUGCAGCCACACCACAGACCAGUUUCACAUGGUACAAGAGUCCGAGCAGCAGCCCGACACACAGCGGACAGGUGUGGAACAUCAGUGACAUCACUUUGGAUCAUUCAGGGAGCUACUACUGUCAGAUACAGACCAGAGAGAAAGUGAAGAACUCAACUACGCUGCAUAUCGAUGUCCAGUACCCUCCCCGAGACAUGGUUGUCUUAGUCUCUCCCGCUGGACAUCUACAGGAUGGGUUUUCCAUGACUCUGUCCUGCAGCAGUGAUGCUAACCCAGCUGUCCGCACAUUCAGCUGGUACACAGGAGCAGCAUGUCUCCCUACUGCAGACAAAAGUUUUCACCAAUCAAGACAAACCCUGGCCGCACCCACCGGCAGAGGCCUGACACGCAGAAGCUCCAACAUCACCUCCGGGGAACCUGGGCUUCACUGCUGUGUGGCACAAAACAGACACGGAUCACAGACUUACAGUGUGACACUUAAAAGCUCCAGAGAUCUCACCCAAUCAGAGUCUCCAGGAGGCAGAUGGAUACUUAUCGGAGUGACCAUAGGUGUUCUGCUUGCUAUUAUAGCCUUAGUUGCCUUUCUAAAAUCCAGGAGAAGAAAAACAUCUAGAAACCAGUCGUAUGCCCUCACAGCCACAACUGAAGUACCAUCUUAAGGACACAGGAGGACCGAGGAGUGUUCGGUGCAAAGUACAAACAGAUGACAAACACACACACAAUACAAGAGACUUUCUUUAAAUUUUCACUCAAGUUUGUAAAGAUAUUUAUCAUUGUACCCUUAGAAAGUGUUGUGCGUUCACACUCAGACCUUGUCUCAAACCUUAUGCAUGAAUGGAAAGAUGAUAAACUGGGCCCACUGGCUGCUUGAUUUUAGAGCUGAUGGAUGUGAGGAACUGUUUAAAUGUCUUGAUCUGUCUGUUUUGAAGAAGAUCGGUUGGAUAUAUUCAAGCAUAAAUGUGCCGCGUGAAAGCGUACAGCUGCAUCCAAACAACCUUAAGGUCAAAAUCAAAAAUGUUAUUUAUGAAUUGAAUCUUGCCUUUGUUUGCUCUUUUCAACACCGUACUCCUUCAGCUGAGUACAUUAGUGGUUUGAACUGAUGCAGUUUCCGAUGUUACAUCACACACAAGCUCCCUUCACAGUUUCUCACACAUUGAGUCCGAGUUGUUACAGAGUUAACCACGCAACACAGUUCACCAAGUACUGCAUGAUCAAUGUUCAUAAAU